AUGGUCGCACUCCCAUUCUCCCGGCCACUGGCCAAGCAGCUGCUGGCCCAGUCCGCUCGAUCCCUCACGCGACCUGUAUCGACCACCUCCCUUCUACGCGUAACCUGCAACUGCAGUUCAAACCACGACUUCUCGAGCCCUCAGCCUAAGUUGGGAAAGCUUGCAUCACACUUUCAGCGAGCUAGAACAUACGCGACAGCGGCUGAAAAGCCUGCAAGCCGCCCAAAACAACAUACAGGUCGCACUCCUGCGAAACGCACCACAUCAACCACCAAAAAGGCCGCUCCGGCAAAAAAGCGACCUGCCAGAAAAGCCAAAAAGACCACAGCCACCAAGGCCAAACCAAAAGUCAAAAAGCCUCCGAGCAAAAGCGCUCUCCUGAAGAAAGCGCGUAAAGAUCAAGCGGAUCUCAAGGCUGCAGCUCUGUUGGAAGAGCCUAAAAAACUUCCCUCGACGCCAUGGCGCCUCGUGUUCGCCGAAGAGACCAAAAAAGGUGGAGGCCAGGUAAAAGCUGCGGCUAUGGCGGCGGCUGAGAAGUUCAGGAAUCUUACAUUGGAAGAGCGUGAGCGAUACAACCACGAAGCCACCGAGAACAAAGCCAAAAACGACCGGGCUUAUAAACAAUGGGUCCAGACGCAUUCACCACUAGAAAUCAGAUUGGCAAACAAUGCUCGACGCCAAUUGACCAAAAAGUCAAAGGCAGCGGGAAGGAAAAAACAGUACAAGGCUAUUCAAGACGACCGCAGUGUCCAUCGUCCUAGGAAUGCCUACGCAUUCUUCUUUAAAGAGAGGAAUGACUCAGGCGACCUCCGGGGUAUGACUGUGGGCGAACGCGGCAAGUUGAUAGGACAAGAGUGGAAGAAACUAUCUGCCGCGGACAAGAAGACUUACGAAGAUCAAGCUCAAGCCGACAAGGUUCGAUAUUUGGAGGAAUACAAGACUGUAUACGGGGAGGAUCCUCCUUUUACCAAGAAGACUGGUUAG